UUCACUAAUGUUUUGCAAACCAUAUUUCAGUCACUGUUCAAAGGCGUCCGAAGCAGUAAAUUCCGACAUGUGUUCGGGUGUGUGGCCAAGAAAGACAAAUGUUAUGAUAACUUGAAAAUCACCAAAAAUGCUAACGACUCCAACUUCUGUGCCGUCAAUCCUAAGUUUAUAGCCGUUUGCACCGAAAGCUCUGGCGGCGGAAGUUUUAUCGUCUUUCCUGAAACUAAAUUUGGACGGAUAGAAGUGAACGCGGGUCGGGUUGUGGGCCACAGGGGGCCUAUCCUCGACCUGAAGUGGAACCCAUUCAAUGACAAUGUGAUCGCCUCGUGUUCGGACGACUGCACAGUUAAAAUAUGGUAUAUUCCCGAUGAAGGCCUCCAACAGAGGAAUCUAAGCGAACCGAUAAUGGAUUUGAUUGAACACCAGAGAAGAGUUAGUUUCAUUGAAUGGCAUCCGACGGCCGAUAAUAUUAUCCUUUCAACCGGUUUUGAUUAUUUGGUGAUUGUUUGGAAUGUAAGCACUGGAACUCCUGUUCGGGUGAUCGACUGCCAUCCGGAUGUAAUACACUCGAUGUCAUUCAAUCGGGACGGAAGCCUAUUGGCCACUACUUGUAAAGACAAAAUACUUCGGAUAAUUGAUCCGCGGAGUGGAGAUGUUGUCAAUUCCGGUGUCUGUCAUCGCGGCUCCAAAGCAUCGAGAGUUGUAUUUUUGGGCGAAACUGGAAAACUGUUUACAACAGGAUUCUCGCGAUAUAGUGACCGUCAGUGGGCUGUUUGGUCUGAACACGAUCUGUCGGAUCCGCUCACCAUUGAG